GUAUUGGAAAGAUGGAAGAGAGGAUGGAAAAGAUGGAAGAAAAUAUACAACUAAUGAUAACAACAGAUAGAGAAAGAAUGCAGAAGAUGGAAGAAAGAGGUGACAAAACAUAUAAGAAAGUAGGAGAAAUAGAUAACAGACUGACAAUGGUUGAAUACAAAAAAGGAAAAGACUCAAUACUCUGGGAGAUGGACAAGGCUGAUUUCUACCUAAGAUUUCAAAAUAUUGAGGAAGAAAAAGGAGAAAACCUUGCAGAAAUUAUUACACAAAUCUUGGCAGGAGCUUUGGAGAUAUCCAAAGAAAAAAUGAUGGAUGGAAUGGAUGAAAUAUAUCGAGUAUAUACUAGUUAUACGAUGAGAAACAAAUUACCUAGAGAAGUACAUGUGAGAUUCACUAAGAAAACAAUGAGAACAGAAAUACUACAGAAAGCAAGAGGUGACCCAUUGAAAUAUAAGGGAAAGGAGAUUAAAGCUCUGAAACAAAUACCAAGGAAAGUGAGAGAUUUAAGAAGAGAAUAUCAAUUUCUGACAAAGAUUUUAAUCAAGAAAGAAGUGAAUUAUAGAUGGUUGAUUCUUGAAGGUUUGACAUUUGUUUGGCAAGAGCAAGGACAUAGAAUAGACUCAGUUGAGAGAGCAGAAUUAUUUUACAAUGAAUACUUUAGAGGAUCAGAAGAUGAGAGAGCAAGACAAGAGGAACUUAAAAUACGAGCAGAGAUGACAAAAGAAAUAGACUAUGUUAGAAGAUAAAAUAACAAUGAUGGAAUUGACAGAAGCAAUAAAUAGACAAAACACUGGGAAAACUCCUGGUCCGGCUGGGCUACCAGCAGAAUUUUACAAGACAAUACAGGAAUCAAUUUCUACUACAAUGCUUGAAGUACUGAAUGAGGUUCUGACAAAAAAUAAAGUACCUGAUUCAUGGACAGAGGCAUAUGUUACACUUAUACCAAAGGAAGAUACUGACCCUCAACAAAUAAAAAAUUAUAGACCAAUAUCCCUGCUAAAUGCUGACUAUAAAAUAUUCACCUCAAUAAUGGCAGAAAGACUAAAAAGAUAUUUAAAUCAUUUUAUACACCCAGAUCAAAAUGGAUUUCUGCCUAAGAGACAAAUAAAAAAUAAUAUGAGGAUAAUAUUGAAUACUCUGGAAUACUAUGAAACCCACUCAGAGAAACAAAUGUCAUUAGUGUUCUUAGAUGCACAGAAAGCGUUUGAUAAUGUGAAUUGGCAGUUUAUGUUGAUGCAACUGGAGGAGAUGGGUUUUGGAGACAGGUUCACUAAAGCAUUAAAAGUGA